AUGGAACCAAGGAAGAAACGCAAGACCACCAAGACUACCCAGUCCCCAAUUUCACAACAAGAUGGAAUAAUCCAACGUCUAGAGGCAUUGGCAAAGACGAAGACGAGAGAAGCAAGGGUGGAAGUGCUGGCAGAGUUGGACGAUAUGAGACAAUUACUACCUCCGACUACUGUAAGAUGGCCCGAGGGCGGCAAGUUGUUACGACCUCUUCUCGAGGCCGCUGAGGACUACAUCGCUGAACCGACGAAAGAGAGGGCUGUAGAGUUCAAGACUAUGGCCGAGGCACUUGUCAUCACACUCAAAGGGAAGAAGUAG